AUGUCAAUAAAAAAACUACGGUGCAAAGAUGAAAUUGGUGGAGAAUGCUACUGCAAACAUUUACAGUGCUCCAGAAAGAUUCCUGUGGAGGGUAAGCAAAAUAUUAUAAGGAGUUUCAAUCUUUUAGAGUCCACUAAUACACAAAACUCCCAUUUAUGUGGACUUAUUAGUAUUGUUCCAGUCAAAAAUAGACGACCUCGGCUGGAUGAAGCAAAUGCUCGUUUAAGAGAUGUUGUAGCUUUUUAUAAGAUUAGAUAUUUAUAUGAAAAUAAUUUUACGGAAUUAGAGGUGUGUCGAGAUGAGUUUAUAGCUUUACAUGGCAUCACCAGACGUAGAAUUGAGUAUUUACUCACAUCUUUGAAAAGUACUGGCAUGCCUCCAACCGAUAAAAGAGGAAAACUGUCUGAUGAUACUCGUAAUAAAAUGAAAGAGCAUAUAUCAUCAUUUAAAGGUAGAGGCAGUCAUUAUAGUACCAAAGACUCUCAGAAAAAAUAUUUGCCUGAAGAGCUCAACAUAAAAAAAAUGUGGAAAUGUUUUAAAAGACACUUGGAUUUGUUUUGUGAUUCCUGCGGUGGACAAAACAAGAAUUACACCUUUUUCCGCUACUUGCAUAAUCUUGUUCAUCAACAAAAAAGGUUUAAUUCUGUACGAGUUACUUUCCCUAUUAGAGGCCAUUCUUAUAUGGAAAAUGAUAAGAAUAUGGGAAUCAUCAAUCAGAAAGCCAGAGUUGAAAAUGUGAAGGAAUUAUGUGACCUCAUUCAAUGUUCCAGAAAAAAACCUUCGCUCUUUGUAAUGGAACAUAUUUCAGAAGACAAUCAACACAUUUUUAAAAAGUGGACCAAACACGAAUAA